AUGGACUCAAAAGUGCCGGGUGGACAUGUCGGUCGACACAGGCUGGUCGUGAUAAUUUCCUUGUCAAUCGUGAGCUUUCUGAGCGCUUUCGAUUCGACCGUGUUUCCUCCGGUUUUGCCAACUAUCGCCAAAGACUUACAUGGCAAUGCAACUGAUACAUUCUGGGUGGGAACUGCCUACCUACUCCCGUGUGCAGCCCUACAACCGUUCCUGUGCGCUUUAUCCGAUGUAUACGGCCGACGAUUCAUCCUGCUUUCUUCGAUCACUUUGUUCGCAAUUGGCUCAGUUGUCGGAUCAGUCGCCCAGAAUAUGGCGACAAUUCUAGCCGGUCGGACUAUUCAAGGAAUGGGUGGUGGUGGCCUCAUCCCUCUGCCAAUGAUUGUUAUGACCGACAUAUUCCCUCUGCGUGAGAGACCCAAGUAUACCGCCUACAUCCAGCUAUUCUCGGCCAUUGGUAUCAUCAUUGGACCUGUCAUGGGAGGUCUGUUCACUCAGCAUGCUGCUGAUCACGGUGGAUGGCGCUGGGUCUUUUACGUCAACUUUCCCCUCUGCCUGAUCGCUUUUCUCGCACUAUUUUUCGCCCUACGGAAGAUGAAGGUGACACGCGAAAGCUAUCGUCACAUUGAUUGGCUUGGCUCGUUCCUUUUUACGUCGAGCAUGGUCUGCUUCUUAAUGGGUUUAUCUUGGGGUGGUACUCUCUACAAAUGGGACAGCUAUCGUACGCUGCUUCCACUGUCUCUGGGGGCCGUCGGAAUAGUCUGCACCAUCAUAUGGGAGUGUUAUGGGGCACGCUGGCCGUUUUUGCCUCUUUCUGUUCUCAAAAGCCGUGCGUCAAUUGCAGUAUAUUUAUCAUCGCUGGUGCAAGGAAUUUCGAUGUUCGGUAUUCUCUACUAUAUAACCUUCUACCUCGAGGUAGUACAGAAGCUCUCCCCGACCAAAACUGGAACCGAAAUCUUAGCGCUCUCUGCGACAAUGGUUCCAUCCGGUCUCAUAACUGCCAUCUUGAUCUCGAAAUUCGGAAAAUACAAAUGGGCGCAGUGGAAAGGCUGGGUCGUGGCUGCUCUAGCUACUGGCCUCCUCUGCCUUCUGGAUGAAAAGACAAAGAAAGGCUUCUGGAUCGGAGCCAUGGUGCUUCUUGGACUCGGACAUGGAAUUCUCUUCAACAGUAUCCUUUUUGCUGCGCAGGCCAUCGUGCCAGCCAAGAACGUUGCAUAUGCAGCCACUCUUUACACAUUCUUCCGCACAAUGGGAUACGCUGUUGGUGUCGUCGUUGGAGGUACGACGCUAGAGAAUGUCAUGGCUGAUUACUUGAAAGAUCAUGGCUUCCCCGCACAGAAAGCACAGGACAUAUCAUCCCACAUUGGACUUUCAGAGGGUCUAUCCGCGGGCACUGGCCAUGCAGACGUUAUUAUACAGUCUUACGUGCACGGUCUUCGCGGAGUAUUCGUGGCACUUACAUGCUUGGCGGGGCUUGGUCUGGUUUCCACCUUUUUUGUGCCCCAAGCAAACAUGGAUCAGCCUCUGGAGUCUGAUCAUCACCUGGAAUUGCUACGGCUGGAUUCAAAUCCUCCUACUCCUUCCAUUAGAGACGCGAGGUCUGAGUCUACUUUGACUGUGGAUUUAAUUCAAGGUAAAGCAGAAAAUGCUGUCGAGUUGCAUCGAGUCAUCUGA